UGCCCCUUGCCACGGCUGUCAAGUGUUGUCGAAACGAGAAACUAAAAGCAAAGCUUUAGCUUAGCUAGUCAGUCGCUCCAAAGCUAGCCAAGAGAGAGUAUAGCGUGUUGCCCGACUACUUCCGAGCUUAUUCGCGUAUACUUUUGCCGGGUUAUUCAAACACAAACCCUUAUUUUGCUCGUAACAAAAUGUACUUAAAAAUUAAACAGAAAUAAAAAGGAUUAUAAAGUGUGAUAAACAGUUAUUAAAUUCCCGGUUUCAAAAUGUGGACGAUGUUGGUGCUGGUUUUUGUUAUAGUUUUGGUUUGUUUAGUUCAGUUAUUUAGCUGUUUUAACAUAGAAAACAGGGACCCUUAUGUGAAAAAAGGUCCUGACAGUGGCAUAAACAGUUAUUUUGGAUUUAGUGUGGCUUUGCAUAUGACUAAGGAGAAUAGUAACAAUAUAGCUAAUAAUUGGAUUCUAGUUGGUGCUCCAAAAGGACAAAACUUACAACCGGGAACCAAUCAAUCGGGUGCUCUGUACAAGUGCCCAAUCACCACAGCUGACAAUGAUUGUAUCCAAGUGGAAACAGAUGGUCACAGAAAGCCCAACGGAAGGUAUAUAUCUCAGCUCGAAGGUUUUGAUUAUGGGGAAGAAGAUGAUGAUACUUCAUCCCUUAGUUUACCAGGAACUGAUGAAAUUAAAGAUGGACAAUGGCUAGGAGUGACUGUCAAAUCUCAAAAGCCUGGAGGUCUGGUGAUGGUAUGUGCGCAUCGGUACAUUCAAAGUGAGAAUCUAACAAAGUACCACUAUGGACAGGGACUUUGUUAUCUCUUGGAGGCCAAUCUGACUUUGAACGAAGCCUUGCAGUACUGCAAAAGCUUGCCCAAAGAUAAACUUCAUCAGCAAUAUGGUUUCUGUCAGAUCGGAACCAGCAUAGACUUUCCAGAAGAUGGUUUCGCGCUAGUUGGAUCUCCCGGUCCUUACACCUGGAGAGGAGCAAUCUUUGCCAAGAGCACCAUUGGAGACUUCUUAUCCAGGGAUAAAAAUAUUUACAAGAGUCCUGUGUCCGAAAGUGCCGAGCCUAUAGACAAAUACAGUUAUCUAGGCAUGAGCGUUGGUGGAGGACAUUUCUUCUCCAAAGACGUCAUGACGUACGUUUCUGGAGCUCCUAGAUCCCUGAUGAAGGGCCAGGUCUUCUUCCUGGAGAAGAAUACCCCACAUGAAGAGUUGAAAAUCAGGAUGAACUUGACUGGGGAACAGUUCGCUAGUAGUUUUGGAUACGAACUUUUGGUGGUCGAUGUUAACAAUGAUGGUUUUGACGAUCUACUAGUAGGAGCUCCGUUCUACUACAAUGACAACAAGGCGGGAGGUGCAGUCUACAUCUACUACAAUCUACGGAACUGCUUGGUAGACCCCUACCAAAACUGUACCUACGAUAAGGUUCUCUACGGUUGGGAACAAUCCAGGUUCGGAUUCUCCAUGACGUCCAUCGGAGACAUCAACAAAGAUGGAUACAACGAUGUAGCCAUUGGAGCUCCGUAUCACAACGAUCACGGAGCCGUUUAUAUUUUUUUGGGUUCACAAAAUGGCUUGGUUCCGAAAGAAUCACAGUUGCUGGAAUUCCCCCAACUUAGACCAGGCUCAAAACUUCGAACGUUUGGAUAUUCCCUGAGCGGAGGCCUGGAUAUGGAUAACAACGGAUAUCCGGAUCUGUUGGUUGGAGCGUACGAGGCUGAGAGGGCUCUCCUGUUCCUCACCAGACCCAUUAUAGAUAUCCAUAUCCAGAUAUUCAGUGAGGAUAAGGAUAAUUUCAAUGUGUCCAAGAAAGGAUGUGCUGCAGAUCCGUUUAACAGAAACAAUACAUGCUUCUCCGUUAGAUCUUGCUUCAGAAUCGGCGGCGAACUGCGCAACACCCACGACCUCUCAGUGGUAUCAAACAUCUCAGAAACCGGGAAAUUCUCGAGAAUUUGGUUUAACGACGACCAUCACAAAGAUAAGAGGUCCAACGUGAAGAGGGACGUGAUUCUAGUCACGGACUACAAGCAACCUCAAUGCCAGGACUAUGUGGUGUACUUGAAAGAAGGAGUAAGUGAUAUACUGACUCCUAUCAAGUUCACUGUCAAGUAUUCGCUGGAAAAGGACACUCCGCAUUCGCCCAUUUUGAACACGAGUUCGACCACUCAGUUUGAAGCGACGUUUCAGAAGAACUGCGGUUCUGAUGAUGUCUGUGAGAGUUAUUUGGAUUUGAGUGCGGACACCAAUUUGGAAAGAAAUACAAAUGGAGAAUACAGGGUAGAGUCGCUGAAUAAAGAAUUUAUUAUUGUGGCCAAUAUCAGCAAUCUUCGCGAGUCAGCUUACGAGGCCAAAUUGUUCGUCUUCCAUCCAAAAGCGCUCAGCUUUGUCAACCUUCAGACCGAUAACACUCAGAUCCAGUGUUCCGUUAAAAAUGGCGUUCUGGUUUGCGAGCUGGGCAACCCUUUUAGGGCAAAUGCGUCUGCUUCGGUAAGGUUGAGGUUUCAAAUCAGCAAAUCACCGAAAGAACAAAAACUGGACAUUUCCCUCAAAGUUAAUUCUACUUCGAAGGAAUUAUCUGACAAUACCGAAAUAAAGAUGGUGGCCAUAUUACAAAAAGUGGCAGAGUUCAAUUUUGUAGGGAGAGGCACCACAAACUUGUUCUUUGGUGGUAAAGUAGUUGGUGAAUCAGCAAUGAAACACUUGGAAGACAUAGGUGCAAGGGUAGUACAUCAGUACCACAUUGACAACAGAGGAGAAUGGGACUUGCCUGAAAUCAAGGUUCAUAUCAGGUGGCCCUACCAAGUACGACCGGGUAGAGAAGGUGCCGAAGGAAAAUGGCUGCUUUACCUGGAAAGUGAACCAAAAGUUGUGGGGGUCGGGUCCAGUUUUUGUAGCAUCAGCGAGGAUAACGUAGUCAAUCCUCUAGGCUUGCAACUGUUGACGCCCAGCUCGAAUGAGCCGGAAAACCUUAGUAUGUUACCUAGCGACCUCAUGCAUCAGCAAUCUAAUUUUAGCGAUACAAGGAGGAGGAGAAGAAGACGUGACAUUGAAGGUACAGCGGCCUGGAAGGAUAUAGUCAAGGAGGGAAUCAAAAGAAAGAUAAUUAUUAUGGAUUGCAUGGAAAAUGCCAGAUGCGUGGACAUACUGUGCUACAUCGGCUCUUUAAAGAAGCAGCAAGCACCAGUCUACGUGGAAAUCAAGUCCAGGAUAUGGAAUUCCACAUUGGUAGAGGACUACAGCAACGUAGACUGGAUCAAUAUCCGAUCUGUGGGAGAAAUCAGCAUAGACGACUCGAGUUUCGUCACGAAGCCCGAUCAAAGUUUCACUUACGCAACUGAGACUUUGGUGUACCCAGCUGCCAUAUCACCAUAUUCCACCAUCAAUUGGUGGAUCAUAGGUAUAGCUAUCAUAGCUGGCCUCUUACUUUUAGUAGUUUUAAUAGUCAUCCUAUACAAGUGCGGCUUCUUCAAAAGGAAACGAGUGACUAAAGACCCGACCUUGUCGGGCAACUUACUGUCAAAAGACGAAAACGAUAGUUUACUUAAAGACAAAUAACAGAAACUGUACAACUUUUUUAAAUAGGAUUUUAUUUCUAAAUAAUUACAAUUUUCAAGUUAUAGAGUGUCUGGCAAACGAAUAUAUGUCAUUAAUGACAGUUUUGAUUGAAACAGCUGUCAUUUUAAUUGAAAAAACGAAUUGUCAACAGCUUAAUUACAGAGAAAUCGAUGUACAGGGUGUCCCACUAAGAAUAGCUCUCGGCUGUAUCUCGUAAUGUAUUAGCCGUAGCGG